AUGAAAUCAUCAUCCCGUGAAAAAACAAAGCUGAUCGCCGACCUUACUCCGCCGGAAACCUCACCGGCGGCUGAACUCGUAGCCAGCAACGUCGACCUCCUCACACAAAUCCUCCUCCGUAUCCCGGCGGCCAAAACCCUAAUCCGAUUCAAGUCCGUGUCGAAACCCUGGCUCUCUCUCCUCUCCGACUCCCGAUUCGCCUCCGCCCACUCCCACUCCCACCCGAACCCUAACCCCCCGAUCUCAUCCCUUUAUUUCUACUACAUUGAUAAUCUCGACUCCGUUUCCCUCAACGGCAGCCUUGCCUUUCCCUUUCUCUCCUUCCUAGGUCGAUGUCUUCCAGGUUAUUUUGUGAUCAUUCACUCGUGCAGCGGUCUACUGUUGGUCGAAAGACCUCAAUUUGCUGACGAUCGUUACAUCGUUUGUAAUCCGACCACACAGAAAUUCCGUCUACUUACUCACCCCGGUGGAGGUUAUUACACAUCAGGUUGCUUGGCUUUCGAUCCAUCAAAAUCGCCUCACUACAAAGUUGUAUUGCCUCGACCAGCCUCUACUCCCUCUUUGGAAAUCGAUAUCUUCUCAUCGGAGACUGCGUGUUGGAACAAGAUAUUUCUACUGGAGAGAUGUUAUAGAGAUGGUGCGUUUUGGAAUGGAGCUGUCUACUGGCUAUGUGACCAAUAUAAUCUGCUGAGAUUCGAUGUUGAGACGGAGAAGAUGAUUGGGAUUCCUUACGCGGAAAGUAGUAGUAGAAUUCUCCCUAUAGACAAGACUAGGUAUUUUGGAGAAUGCGGCCAUGGUGGCCGUUUGUUUCUGAUUCAGAGUCCUCGGGUUAAUUCUGUGGAAUUUGAAAUCCUUGAGAUGGACAAGGACCAGUGCCGUUGGAACGUCAAGUUUCGAGUCGAUCUCAGGCCCUUGCUAUCUGCGUUCCCUUAUAUAUCUGCGUUCCCUGAUAUAGCAGGCAAUUUUUAUUACUCUGCGGUGAUGUGUGUCGUCGAGGGAGAGAAGGAAGAUGACUUGGCGCUCCUCUUGGCUGUUCCAGACAACAUUGUUUCGUAUAAUUUGCAGAAAAAGACUUGGAAUGUGCUUUGGGAAUCGGAACAACAUUCGAAAGAGGAUGACUUUUGGGAUCCUCUUCAAAUCCCAUGCGAUGGUCGUAAUUGUGUUUUUCCGUUUGCUGAAAGCCUAUCCCCCGUUUGA